UACGCAAGCGCGGGUUGCAUUGCAGCUGCGAUGGGACCAGAUCUGCUGAAUAGCGCCUCUCGCUCGGCAUUAAAAUCGUAACAACCUAUUUGGGUUUUUUUUCCUAUACAUAAAGGGACGUUACCCCCGAAACGUUGGCUAUUAUUAUUAUGAUGUAUUUUAAAUGCGAUGCUUUAUUUUUUUCUUGGUAUUCCCUUUAAGGCCACGGUGCUGUUGACGAAUGCGUUUGCGUGUGUUGUUGGUGUUUGCGCGCGCCACUGCCAACACGAGCAGCAGCAGCAGCGCCAACAAAUCAUGAAUCCACAGAGACUGGCGUUUGGAAGUUUCCAACUAAUUAUUUGCCACACGACGACAUCGUCGGCAGCGGCUUACAUCCCGAAUUGCGUGACAAGCGAAGCGGCAGCAGUCGUUAGCAUAAUUGAUUGUGAUUAGGCCCAGCAUAGUUCGACUGUCCAGGCGAUCCCAGUCAACUUUAGUGGACGCGCCAGCGGAACGGGGAAAGUGAUGCAGCCCCGCGUCGCGCAUCCACGUUCACAUUUUAAUGCUAACAUUGAACAACAAAUCCUUCUUUUUGUAAAGCAGCUUGUGGUUUAACCUUUGCAGAAAGGUUCUUGCUAACAGGCUCAUGAUUAUUGCAUGAGGAGUUGCCAGGCAACGGGGACUGUGCGCGGCGUGCGGAGGAGGAGAUGGGGGAGGCGCCGUCUCCCUCUCUCUCCUCCUCUCCUGCUCUCUCCUCCGCUCUCUCUCUCUCUCCUCCGGCGUCCCGCGCCGCUCUCCGUGUGCCCAGACUCCCGUGCUCCGUGCCCUCCCAGACACGAGAAUGCUGGACAUCGCUGCAGCGAGUUUAUGUCGAGUGUGUUUUGUUUGAGCCGGCCAAGAACUCACGGGACCUGGGGACAGCCUCAAGAGGAAGAGAUUCCCACGCGGCCCAGGGAACGCACCAGGGUUAGGCAAGGCAGCACCCCACCUGCCCUCGAAUUGCCGAUCUUCGCAGGGUUAAUGACUUCGGUGUCUCGGAGUAUUCAUUUCUACGCACUCAACAUUCGCUCUUGGUCGCGUGCUGAAAUGGCGUAGUGGCUCUCGAUGCCUGCUUUUGGCUGCCACUCAAGACACCUCUCCCCCGGUGAACUUGAUGGGCCGCAUGUGAACCCACACCAUGGUCCUGCUGAAUCCACCAACGAUCUGGUUACUGUGCUUCUUCACUUACCUCCGCCUAAAACUCGCACAGAGUCAAGAUGCUCAACUCUACGAGGAUUGUCGCCUCGAUCGUUCCGGACCCCCGGUAACCAUUGUGACCAUAGACGAGGAAAGCCCCGAUGGUACUGUCCUGGUGGACAGCAUGCACAUCAAGGGCAUAGCGUCUGGGCCUAGUCCUACCAUCAGCCUCGCGCUGCUGUUGAACGAAAACCAGUGGGUUCGCUUGGAUCCGGCCUUACAACGACUCUACCUCAACACCGCUGGCCGUAUUUUCGAUCGCGAUCCGCCAAUUAGCAUCCAAUCCCUGACGGUGAUCGUCCAGUGCCAGAACCUGAACGUGGGGAGCACGAUCAACCACGAGGUUAAAAUCCUGGUGCGCGACAUCAACGACAAUCCGCCCAUCUUCCAGCAGCGGUCUUACAACAUGAGCGUCAACGAGCUGGCUCCCGUAGGUACCACAAUCUUCACCGGCUUUGCCACGCUUGGAGCAGUGGAUAUUGAUGAUGGAGCGAAUGGGCAAAUCGAGUACUCCAUCCUUUACAACCCCCGGGAUCCGCGCUCCAACAACACGUUUGAUAUUCCGCUGACACUCACUGGUGCUGUGAUCCUCCGCGAGAGACUCAACUAUGAGGACUUCCAGAAGUAUUCUGUCAUCGUCCAGGCCAGUGAUCGAUGUCCCAAUGUGGCCGAGCGGAAGAGCAGCACAACCACGCUGAGCAUCGAAGUUCUGGAUGGAGACGAUCUGGGUCCCAUGUUCCUGCCGUGCAUUCCCAUCAGCGUGUCUCGCGACUGUCGGCCCGUCAAGUACUUUGCUGCCAUCCCAGAGCUCGCCAGGCCAACUCUGGUCAAUCCAAUUAAUGUCACACCACCAAUCGAAGCCAUCGAUCAAGACAGAAACAUCCAGCCUCCCACUGCCCGGCCCGGCAUCAUCUACUCCAUACUAAUCGGCGACCCUGGGAACUAUUCUGAUUACUUUAAUCUGAACGGGAAAACAGCUGAACUGCAACUUUUGCAGCCAGUAAACCGUGACAUGUUCCCGCAGUUUGAUCUUGUGCUGAAGGCUGAGCAGGAUAAUGGGCAUCCACUGCCAGCCUACGCUGCACUGCACAUUGAGAUCCUGAACGAGAAUAACCAAGCUCCGUACUUUGAGAGGACCAUGUAUCAAGGCUACAUCCUGGAGUCCGCCCCCGUGGGCACCACCAUCUCUAGCACCCUCCAGCUGGACAGCCCUCUGAGCGUCGUGGCUCUGGACGCCGAUGUUAAAGAGACAAAGGACCCACAGCUGCAGGUGUCGCUACAAGGCGCCAGCGCCGUGUUCGGGGUGACAAGCUCCGGCAUCACGCGGUUCCUCACCCUGCUGCAGCCGCUCGACAGGGAGACGCGUCAGCAGUACUCAUUCACGAUGAUGGCCUCGGACGGGGUUCUGCACAGCGGGCCGGCCAACGUGACGAUCCUGGUGCUGGAUGCGAAUGAUAACACGCCGGUCUUCACUUCUCUGUCGUAUAUUGCCAACGCCUACUCCAAUAUGAUACCGGGUGACCCUGUCAUACAGCUCCUAGCAAGUGAUGCCGAUUCAGGCGUAAAUGGAAAUGUGCACUAUCAGAUUCUGGCUGGAGACCAGGGCCAGUUCGUCAUCAACAAUGUCACGGGGCUCCUGAGCGUGGCAGGGCCCAGUGGCCUGCUCGUGGGACGCACCUUCACCCUGACGGUGCAGGCCAGUGACGGCGCCCCGCCUGCCGACAGAAGGAGCUCCAUUGCCACCGUGUACGUCGAGGUGCUGCCCCCAAACAACCAAAGCCCUCCCAGCAUGCCCUUCAGCUUCUACAGCAUGGAGGUCAGCGAGGCCCUGAGUGCCGGUGCCUUCUUGCUCAGUGUGCAGGCCGUUGACCGUGAAAACGACCCGAUCGUCUACAGCAUCAAGAGUGGAAACCCAGACGGAGCUUUCUACCUCAACUCCAGCACUGGAAUUCUGUCCCUGUGGAAGUCUUUGGACCGUGAGACAAGGGACCAGUACCAGCUGAUCCUAACGGCAUCUGACGGACAUCCUAAUGGGACCUCAACAGCUACGGUAGCGGUGCUUGUUACGGAUGUCAAUGAUAAUGACCCCACCUUCGAUCCUCUGAUGCCAACAAACUUCUCCGUAUACGAGGGAAGAACCGGUGUCUUUGUUGGGCAAGUCCGGGCAACCGAUAAAGAUGCAGGGAUGAAUGGGGAGGUGGUGUAUAGCCUGGACAACUAUGCGGCUGUGUUUGCAAUCAUGGCCAAUGGGAGCAUAUACACAAAGGUGGCCUUGGACCGAGAAAAACAGGAGACCUACAUGCUGACCGUAGUGGCCAGCGACCGUGCGCUCUACCCUCGUCACACCAGCCUCCCGCUCGCCAUCUCUGUGCUGGACGUGAAUGACAACCCGCCCAUCUUCAGCCAGAGCGUCUAUAAUGUCACCGUGCCGGAGAAUGGCUCUCCGGGUCAGCUCGUUCUGCGUCUCGAGGCUUCAGAUGCAGAUAUGGAUGCAAGCACCAGAUACCAACUGCUAACUGCUGGGAUGAGUAAGCUCUUCUCUGUGGAUGAUAUCACCGGCCAGUUGGCUGUUCUCCAGUCCCUUGAUUAUGAGACAACACCAGGACAUAAAUACACCCUACUGGUCAAGGCUAUUGACGCAUAUAACAGCAACCUCACAUCCCUUGCAACGGUCUACGUCAACAUCAAGGACAUGAAUGACUUUGCCCCGAAUUUCACGAUGCUGGACCAGACGGGCCUGGUGGCUCCGGAUGCACAUCGAGGGACAUACAUCAUCUCUGUGCUCGCACGAGACCCGGACCCUCCUUAUGGCGGUAUAGGUGUGAUACAGUACGCAGUUGAUGAAGCCCAGUCCAGCGGCUCCGCUGACCUCUUCAUGGUGGAGGAGAACACUGGACGCAUCCUGACCAAAGUCAACCUCAAUGAGGAUCCCAACACCAAUUUCAAGCUGGUUGUGCUGGCUCUCGAUGGAGGAGAUCCCGUUAUGACCAGUAGCACGACAGUCACCAUUACUGUGCUGCAGCCCUCUGUCAUCCCUCGCUUCACACAAGAGGAAUACAGGUCGGAGCCCAUCAGUGAAUACGCUACUAUUGGCACAAGUGUUGUCAUGGUGACAGCGUCGGCCAUUAACCAGACCAUCACCUACUCAAUCACCGCUGGCAACAAUGGGGACACAUUCAUUAUUGAGAGCAAGACCGGAGUAAUCAGAACCAACAAGCCACUUGACUUCGAGAGCACUCCGCAGUACCAGCUGGAGGUGCAGGCUGACUCGCUCCCCACCGGACGCUCAGCCUUGCGUUCCACUUCUCGCUCAAACUCGGCAAUUGUGAUCGUGUACGUGAAGGAUGAAAAUGACAAUGCUCCCAUAUUCAAUCAAACACUGUAUUUGGGAGGCGUUACAGAGGAGACCAGAACGUUUACAUCUGUCUUGCAAGUCAAGGCAGAUGACCGGGACAGCGGCAAUAACAGCAUGAUUGCCUACAAGCUGCUGCUGCCGUCUUCAACCAAUGAGGGCUUCAUCAUUGAGCCUCUGACUGGCAUCGUCAAAACUGCCAUGCUGUUUUAUAACAUGCGACGCAAGUACUACAGGUUCCAGGUGAUGGGGGUCGACAGAUACGGAGCUGGACUGAGUGGCACAUCUGAAGUGGUGAUCUCUGUUGUGAACGAGCUGGAUAUGCAGGUGAUUGUCUCCGCCAUUCCCCCGGCAGUCGUGGAAAACAACAAGGACCAGCUGAUGAAGAUUAUUGAGAGGUACAUCCAGGAUCAGAUUCCAGGGGCCAAGUUGGUGGUGGAUUCAAUCGGCCCGCGGCAGUACGGUGAAGGUUACCUGCAGGAGGACUACACCAACUCGGAUGUGGCUGUCUAUGCCAUUGACCCAAUGACUAACCGUGCCAUCUCCAGCAAGGAACUCUUCAAAAUUUUGGACGGGAAACUUCUGGACAUCAACAAAGAGUUCCAGGCGUCUCUUGGAGCCGGAGCACGGGUGCAGGAGAUCCGCUCACCGGCCGUGGUGCAGUCGGUCCAGAAGCAGGCCCAGGCUCUGGGCUACACGGAGGGCGCGCUAAUCGCACUCUCUGUCAUCAUCAUAAUUUGCUGCAUCCCGGCCAUUCUCAUCGUCAUCGUCACCUACAAGCAAUUCAAAGAACGCCAAGCGGAAUGUGCCAAGAAUGCGCGCAUCCAGUCGGCUCUCCCCACCGGGAAGACGGCGCAGUCGCCGAUCGCUCAGCAGUACGACGAGGCCGGCGACAACACGGGCAUCUCCCAAUUCCCGCAAGAUGAAUUUCACGAGACGUUUGGUCUCUGUGCAACCAAUCAAGCAUAUAAUUACAACAAAGAAAGCCUCCGUCACGGUCUCCUACGAUCGCACAGUCGUGCCACCGCUCUAUCUGAUCAGAGCCCCUCCAUCACCACCAGUCCUUUGCUCAUUGACCCGUACGUCACUCUGAUGCAACAGAGGAGGCCGCUUAGCUUGCAGGAGCGUGCGGGCUCACAGCAAACACAGGGAAUGUUUCCAAUUAUGGACGACGCAACUCGUGUGCGGCAGAACUGGAGCUUCCCACUCUCGCACAGACAAGAGCUGCUCAUGCUGCCCCAUAUCGGUGCUGCAAGCCCAAUGCAAUGGCUGCUGCAGUUACCCGUGAUGAACGGGGAUGCUACAGAGCAGGUGGUUGAAUAUGGUCAGGAGGAAUCUCAAGGCAUAAUGUCCUCCCAAACAAUUCGAGAAUUGCUUUCUUACAGCUUGUGCGAUGCGUCGCCACCUCCGAACAGAAAACCGACUCCUCCCCCAGUACCAAAGUUUCACCAACUGCUGCCUCCAUCACCUCCUCCACCUCCUCCACCUCCUCCUCCACCUCCUCCACCUCCUCUUCUGCCUCCACAACUUGCCCCUAGUUCUUAUUCUCAUCACAUUCCACCUCCCCUGCCAAGUAGUGUGGAUCCUCCUUCACACGAUCUCAACCCUGUUUCCGUUACUCUUCUCGAAGCAAGCGCACAUUCCUCUGAGCCCCCUUUCUCGCCCACUCUGACACUGCCCGCUAACGAGACACUGCCCCCUAACGAGACACUGCCUACUAACGAGAGACGCCGAAGGCCUCUCAAGGGAAUCCUAAAAACAAUUCCAAACCUGGAGGAGAUUGAAAGGUCUGUGGCCAACAUAUACAGCCAGAUAGAUAAGUGCCAUCUGCUGAGUAAGAGUCCGCAAAGAGCGCCCACACCAAAAUAUUACAAGGAGAGCAAUGGACACUCGGAGACGGGUCAGUAUGAAGCCAUUGAUUCUGCCGACAGAAUUCAAGGCAGCAAUGGAAUCACCGUGAGAGGGUGUAACGCUGACAGCCUUCUGCCCGUGCUAAGCUCUGCUGACAGCACGGAUGUGCAAGAUCGCUGCGAUGCAGUGUUUUAAGGAUACAUCAAUCUUAUUACGGACACUUCAGGUUUUAAUUACUGAUACAAUAAGCCAAACAUGUGUUAACUGUUGUGCAAGUAAAUUACAUGGAAACUGUCAACAUGUUUCUUGAGUUAUACUUCUAAAUACAGUACAUGGAUAUGAGCAAUACGAAUAUUGGACUGCAAUGAAGUAUACCUGAACAGAAGUCAAAAUUAUGACACGAAGCUGACAUAAUCAGGCCCACAGAAUCGUUCGAUUGAAUGUGCUUUACUUCAUUGCAUUUAAUUUUUAUUCAUUAAAAUAUUUCACCUGGAAAUCCCUGGGAUUGAACAUCUCGUUUGCACGGGUGUCCCGGGUGUUGAUUGACACACACACAUAGCAAACCUGACAUGACGCGAGUGUACACGGACUAACUCACUCGUGGUAACCUAGGCUACAAGAGUUGUGCGUUUAUAAAUGUAUUUACUUACACACGUUGUUAAUCUAUAACGUAUACAGCGUGCACUUAUAACAUGAAUAUCACACUCAGUCAUUCACGUAAAUAAAGGCACAGAUAAUGCAAUGGUGCACACUGCUGGUUGAUGUCGAAUGAACUCUAGCUGUAACAGUUGAAAAUCUUGAGAAAGUGUGUUUUAAUUAAAAUAUUUAAAUAAAACACAACAUAUCUUGUAAACUUUAAUAUCCCAGGACUGUGAAACAAUAAGAGGCCUGUGUAGUCACCUGUCACGUGGAGAGCGGGGUUCGUCAUUCAUAGCAACAUUGGUAGUUAUUUUCCAAACAUUGUUUUUGAGGAAUGAAGGCAUAAACACAGCUGUAGAAAUAUCAACCAUCUCAAGAAAGUCUGAUGAUGUAAUCACAGUAACAACCAGUAGGUAUGAACAACAGGAAAUGGUUGAAGAACUUAACAAAGAAGGCUGAAAAGUUGGGCUCAAGGUAAAUGAGGAAAGCAAACGUUUUAUACAGUUCAAUAAGUUCAAUAAAGAAUUGUAAAUGUAUAGGAAGGACUGUAAUGUGUCGUAAAAAUAUGGAUACAGGCAGUCCCCUGGAUACGAACGCCCGCCAUGAAAUGUUAUUAAUUUGAACCAUCCGAUUUGCGAACUUUCGGCUAUAUUAUUUUGUUCGGCGAAGCGAUUCUCCGCGAGAUGUAAUGAGUCCCAGCAUCCGGCAUGAUGCUCAAUGACAGUGAACUGUUUGACGCAAGGUAAGUGAAAAUAAAGCGAUUUUAUUCUUCAUAUUACUUUAUUUAUGUUUUUUUUUACUUUACAGUAUUUAUUACAGUAUUACAUGAAAAUGUACAAUAUUUAUUCUUAUUUAUGGGUUUAACAAUGCUUCCUUUUUUUGUUGAACCACAAGACAUUUUAUAACACUGACCGUAUGUACAAUUAAAUAUUGGGUUUCGAGAUACGAACAAAUUCACUUACGGGCGGGUCUUAGAAACAUAGGCCGUUUGUAAGUCGAGGACGAUCUGUACUGAAUAAUAGGGAGUGCAUAUGUGGAUCAUUGGCGAGAAGUUAACGACCUUGUCUGGUAUACAGGAGGUCGUGGGUUCGAUCCCGACCCUGACGCCUGAAUAUUGAAUGUUCUACCCAUGACCGCGUGGAUAUUUCUCCGGGUCCUCCGGUUUUUCCCUCCACAUUUAGAAUUAAAAUGCGUUUACAAUAUAUGGCUGCUACAAAUUUCCACGUGAUGAGCCACUUCGUUGAGC